AAAGACGGAAGUGCGAUGGCGACGUGGGGGGGGGGCGGCGGUAGGUGGCGGUUCACCCCGGCCUCCGGCACCCGUGACGUCGCGGUUUCUAUGGGCUCACAAUGCGAGACAAUGCAGAUCUUCGUGAAAACCUUAACUGGUAAGACCAUCACCCUAGAGGUCGAGCCCAGUGACACCAUCGAGAAUGUCAAGGCAAAGAUCCAGGACAAAGAAGGCAUCCCCCCUGACCAGCAGAGGCUGAUCUUUGCAGGCAAGCAGCUGGAAGAUGGCCGCACCCUGUCUGACUACAACAUCCAGAAAGAGUCCACCCUGCACCUGGUCCUUCGACUCAGGGGUGGUAUGCAGAUCUUUGUGAAGACCCUGACAGGCAAGACCAUCACCCUGGAGGUCGAGCCCAGUGACACCAUCGAGAAUGUCAAGGCAAAGAUCCAGGACAAAGAGGGCAUCCCCCCUGACCAGCAGAGGCUGAUCUUUGCAGGCAAGCAGCUGGAAGAUGGCCGCACCCUGUCUGACUACAACAUCCAGAAAGAAUCCACCCUGCACCUGGUCCUGCGACUCAGGGGUGGUAUGCAGAUCUUUGUGAAGACCCUGACAGGCAAGACCAUCACUCUGGAGGUCGAGCCCAGUGACACCAUCGAGAAUGUCAAGGCAAAGAUCCAGGACAAAGAAGGCAUCCCCCCUGACCAGCAGAGGCUGAUCUUUGCAGGCAAGCAGCUGGAAGAUGGCCGCACCCUGUCUGACUACAACAUCCAGAAAGAAUCCACCCUGCACCUGGUCCUGCGACUCAGGGGUGGUAUGCAGAUCUUUGUGAAGACCCUGACAGGCAAGACCAUCACUCUGGAGGUCGAGCCCAGUGACACCAUCGAGAAUGUCAAGGCAAAGAUCCAGGACAAAGAGGGCAUCCCCCCUGACCAGCAGAGGCUGAUCUUUGCAGGCAAGCAGCUGGAAGAUGGCCGCACCCUGUCUGACUACAACAUCCAGAAAGAGUCCACCCUGCACCUGGUCCUCCGUCUCAGGGGUGGUAUGCAGAUCUUUGUGAAGACCCUGACAGGCAAGACCAUCACCCUGGAGGUCGAGCCCAGUGACACCAUUGAGAAUGUCAAGGCAAAGAUCCAAGACAAAGAGGGCAUCCCCCCUGACCAGCAGAGGUUGAUCUUUGCAGGCAAGCAGCUGGAAGAUGGCCGCACCCUGUCUGACUACAACAUCCAGAAAGAAUCCACCCUGCACCUGGUCCUCCGUCUCAGGGGUGGUAUGCAGAUCUUUGUGAAGACCCUGACAGGCAAGACCAUCACCCUGGAGGUCGAGCCCAGUGACACCAUCGAGAAUGUCAAGGCAAAGAUCCAGGACAAAGAGGGCAUCCCCCCUGACCAGCAGAGGCUGAUCUUUGCAGGCAAGCAGCUGGAAGAUGGCCGCACCCUGUCUGACUACAACAUCCAGAAAGAAUCCACCCUGCACCUGGUCCUGCGACUCAGGGGUGGUAUGCAGAUCUUUGUGAAGACCCUGACAGGCAAGACCAUCACUCUGGAGGUCGAGCCCAGUGACACCAUCGAGAAUGUCAAGGCAAAGAUCCAGGACAAAGAAGGCAUCCCCCCUGACCAGCAGAGGCUGAUCUUUGCAGGCAAGCAGCUGGAAGAUGGCCGCACCCUGUCUGACUACAACAUCCAGAAAGAAUCCACCCUGCACCUGGUCCUGCGACUCAGGGGUGGUAUGCAGAUCUUUGUGAAGACCCUGACAGGCAAGACCAUCACUCUGGAGGUCGAGCCCAGUGACACCAUCGAGAAUGUCAAGGCAAAGAUCCAGGACAAAGAGGGCAUCCCCCCUGACCAGCAGAGGCUGAUCUUUGCAGGCAAGCAGCUGGAAGAUGGCCGCACCCUGUCUGACUACAACAUCCAGAAAGAGUCCACCCUGCACCUGGUCCUCCGUCUCAGGGGUGGUAUGCAGAUCUUUGUGAAGACCCUGACAGGCAAGACCAUCACCCUGGAGGUCGAGCCCAGUGACACCAUCGAGAAUGUCAAGGCAAAGAUCCAGGACAAAGAGGGCAUCCCCCCUGACCAGCAGAGGCUGAUCUUUGCAGGCAAGCAGCUGGAAGAUGGCCGCACCCUGUCUGACUACAACAUCCAGAAAGAGUCCACCCUGCACCUGGUCCUUCGACUCAGGGGUGGUAUGCAGAUCUUUGUGAAGACCCUGACAGGCAAGACCAUCACCCUGGAGGUGGAGCCCAGUGCCACCAAGAAAGUCAGACAGGAAGAUGGACGCACCUUUCUCACUACAGUGUCUAGAAAGAGCCCUCCUUGUGCUUGUUCUUGGGCUUGAGGGGAGGUGUCUUAGUUUCCCCCUGUCUCUUAAGCUGUUAACAGGUUCCAUUGCACUUUGAAUAAAAUUCUUGCAUUCCCAAA